AUGAACAAGCAUACCACACGGAAGCCGAUUAUUAUUCGUGGUGAAAAUCUUACUAUAGAAGAUUUCGUCAAAGUUGUUCGUCAUAAUCAUCCAGUGGAAUUAUCCGAAGAUAAUGUUGUAUGCAGUCGAAUGGAACAAUCAAUCAGUAUUAUCGAUAAUAUUGUGAAAGCCUCUUUACCGCUCUAUGGUGUGACAACACUCUUCGGCGGUCUCGCCAAUCGUACAGUAUCAACUGAAUUUGCUGCCGAGUUACAAAACAAUUUAGUUUAUGCUCACAAAACUGGCGCGGGCUCGAUCAUGCCACUAGAAUCGAUUCGCGGAGCUAUGCUGUUGCGAGCCAACACUCAUUUAAUUGGUGCCUCAGGUAUCCGUCGACAGUGGGACGAGCGACUUGUUCACUUCUUGCGCGAAGGAGUUACACCGCUCGUACCUGAAUUUGGAUCUAUAGGAGCGUCAGGUGAUCUUAUACCUAUGUCGUACAUUGCUGCAGCCAUAUCUGGUGUAGAUGAACGUGUAAAAGUAGAUUUUCAGGGUGAAAAGAUCAGCGCACCUGAAGCACUGACUCGACUUGGAUUCAAACCUGAAUUAUAUAAUGCAAAAGAGGGUCUGGCCAUGUUAAACGGAACUAGCGUGAUGACGUCUUCGGCAUCACUUGCUUGUUAUGAUUUUUACAUACUAAUGGCUGCUACGCUACAGGUCCACGCGAUGACUCUGCAAGCACUUGCUGCCAGUAACCAGCCAUUUAAUCCAUUUCUUCAUAAAGUUAAAAGUCAUCAGGGACAGGUAUGUGAAAAUCAUUUUUAG